CUAUGAAGAGCCUCACUGCGAUAUUGUGUGCACUGAUUAGCAUUCAGUGUUGCUGCUGUAGCCUGAGCCACUCACAUCAUCUCUGCUUUAACUAUGCUGUGUUCCCCGCUCAUAUCGAAGAACUCAGAACUUCUUAUCGCCAGAUAAAGAAUUAUUUUCAAAGAAAAGAUGACAAUAUUAAGAUAACACUGCUGGAAAGGAAAGGUCUGCCGGGAUUCAAGGAUAACCACAGUUGCAAGUUCCUGAAGGAAAUGCUGAAUUUUUACCUCAAGGAUGUGAUCCCUGCAGCCAGAACCCACAAAAGAACCAUCAAUAGCCACAUCAGUAAAAUCGGGAAUGCCUUGCAUGAGCUGCACGAGAACGUACAAAAUUGUCAUCAAUUCUUCAAUUGUGACCUGUGUAGCUGCAACAAAGUUUCAUAUUUCAAGAACAUUCAUCGGACAUUCAAGCAGUUACAGGUGAAAGGUGUGUACAAAGCCAUGGGAGAACUUAACACCUUCAUUGACUGGAUUUGGAACUACAUAAACAUGAGACGAAAUUGAGAAGGAGCGGAGCUGUCUGAAAGAGUCCCAACACUUCCUUAAUUAAGAAAGUCACUAGUAUUUAAAGCCAUAUUUAUAUUUAGGCUUGGCAGUUUCAGCAUUUUUGCUACUUCAUUAUGAUGCUUGCUACUCCGAAAAUUUGUUGACCAUUUAGAGUAAAAUUAACAAAAUACUUCUCUGAUUGAUGGUGUUGUUCUCAGUCUAGAACAAUUCUGUACUGUGCCCUUGCUUCUGAAAUUUAGUUCCGUUGAAGACACUAAAGUGAAUGUUGGGAGCAGAGCAGCCAAUGAGAGAUUGCAGGGUUAGCACCAUCAAUUACACCUGAACUUCCAGCAUUCCCCCAGCACCUACCUGAGCGAUGGGGUAGAUUAAGCCAGUCUGUAACCAGCUGGUUGAAUCUCCCCUGUCUUUCUGACUCACCCUGCUCUCCUGUGCUGGAGUGCCAGUCUUUUACCCAAUGAUACUUGUUGACUCCAAAUGAAUUCACCAUAUGACUCCAGCGCCAGAAGUCAAUUAGGUUACAUCGAUCUCACAAUUUCUUCACAGUAUCUAAAAAUACUUUUUCUCAGACCCCGUCCUUUGCAAUUUGUCCUGUGACUGCUCAAUCUAAAUGUAAAUCACAUCUGAAUGAAUUUCAUUCAAUUUUUAUUUUUCAAUAGAAUGAAAAUGCAAAUGAUAUUUUCUGUAUUUUAUAAUCUUUUGUUAGAUCAGCAAUUAUAGUUUUGAUUAUUAAUGUAUUUGAGAAUUAAGAAAUAGAGCAAAAAUAAGUAUCAGUUCUUGUUAUUUGCUCGAUAUUCUUUACUGCUUGUGGUCUGUAUAUUUUGAUACAUAACUGAAAUAUUUUAAUUUGCUUUUUUUUACUAUUUAUGAGAGUGCAAUAUGGAGUUUUAAAUACUUUGUCAGUGUAUUUUCAUAUAUCCAUCCAUUACUGUAUCAGUAAAUCAGUAACACCCAUUUCAAAGACGUUUACUGCAAUAGUACAGCCUGAUUCAAUCCAAAUAUUUAUUGACUUGUUAUGAAUGCUGUCUGUGUUCAAAAGAAUGUGCACUUGUGUGUACUUUAUGAUAAGUUAUGAUACCUUGUCUCCAGUAAUUGUUUGCAGUAUUAGGAGCUAUAUUUUAGGCUAGUUUAAAGUAUAAAACUCUUGUGUGCACUAGAUCUUCACACUUUUAAGACUCUGUCAAAUUCUCCCAUCUGAACACAUCAUGAUGUAUUAGCCUUUUAAAAAUGGUGCAGAAAAUCUUUUGGGAUUAUUCAAUGCAUCUGGAACUAAAUCUUACCAGCCUGGCAUACAUUAUGUUAGUGUGUGAGGGAGCGAGAAAGCGGGUAAAAAUUAAUCAGUCAUUACUGUCACAUGAGUUUUUCCAACGAUGAUGGAGACAAAACCAAUGUGAACAUUGCAAUCUAUGUAAAUGUUAACAAGCAUACCUCAUUAUGUAUAUAUUUCAAAGCGAGUCCCCUGGAUGGGAGUUUAUUAAUGAAAUAACUAACCUCAGUAUUAUGUGUUUUACAGUAAAAUGUAGCGUUGAUCCUUUGAGCUGUUGAACCUCUGAAAGUUUUUAAUGCCGUUCCUAUCCAAAGUGCAAAUUCUCACAAGUUUUUGAAAGUUGAAUUAGGGUUUAAGAACAUCCCGACAUUUGUUACAUCAAGUUAAAAAUAAUGAUUGUACUUUGGAUGUAUUCACCAAUAGUGUUAAAGUGUCAAAACGUUAAUGUUUCUGCUUUUUUGAUGUAUUAAUGCACUCUACCUACCUCAAGCCAUGUGUAGUGUGUGAACUUGAACUGUAGUAUACCUGAUAGCACUGUUUAAAUAAAUACCAUUUUAUUCAAA